UCUUUCGACUUUUACGAAUAAAAUCGGUUAUUCGGCUUUAUAUUUUUUGUGCUUUUUAAAAAUAAAAAGUAAUCAUAGCUACUCACAUCCAUCUCUGAAAAAUUGUGUAAUCUCGGCCGAAUAUUUCUGUCAUUUGAUUUAUUUUGCAAAAAAUAGUCGAAAACAAAAGAUAAUUUAAAAAUAAUAUGCUUAAAGCAUUUAGUAAAGUUAUUAAAACAUGUUCCACCCGUCAAAUACAUUUAAUUCCAAUGGUUGUUGAACAAACCGGUAGAGGUGAGCGUGCUUACGACAUAUUUUCAAGAUUACUUAAGGAACGUAUUAUAUGUUUGAUGGGCCCGAUACACGAUGAUUUAAGUUCUUUAGUAGUGGCACAAUUAUUAUUCUUGCAAUCGGAAAAUUCAAAUAAGCCAAUCCAUUUAUAUAUAAACUCUCCUGGUGGCGUUGUAACUGCAGGUCUUGCUAUAUAUGAUACGAUGCAAUACGUAAAACCUCCUAUAGCGACAUGGUGCGUUGGUCAAGCCUGCUCUAUGGGUUCAUUACUUCUCGCAGGAGGUGAACCUGGGAUGCGUUACUCAUUGCCAAACUCACGAAUUAUGAUACAUCAACCCUCAGGUGGAGCACAGGGCCAAGCUACAGAUAUCCAAAUCCAGGCAGAGGAGAUAGUCAAACUAAAAAAACAGUUGACUAAUAUAUAUGUGAAACAUACAAAGCAAAGCUAUGAUUUAUUAUAUCAACGAAUGGAACGUGAUAAUUUUAUGUCUCCAGAGGAAGCAAAAAAAAUAGGAUUAAUAGAUCAUGUUCUUGAACAUCCUCCAGAAACUGUGGCUGAAAUAAAACAUGAUGACGAUAGCUUUGAAAAUAAAAAGCAGGAAAAUGAUAAAUAAAACCUUUUUGAAUGAAAGAUAAAUAUGUUAUAUAUUUGUGUAUAUUACGGGUUUUGAUCUUACAAUGCAUAAAGUAACAUAUUAGAAGCAAUUAUAUAUAAUUUAAAUACAAGAAUUUCUAAUUUGAAUAAUUGUAAUUAUUCAAGUAUUGUAAAAAAUGCGAUUUGCAUAUCCCAAGCCUGAUAAAUUAUCAUCAAAUAUGUAAUUUACACAUCGGUCACUUGUUUUUCAUAAUGUUUUUAUUUGUCAAGCGAUAUGCCAUUUAUCUAAACUUGUUAAUAAAUUAUAAUAAAAACUGUUUCAAAUGAA